CAGAAGUAGAAUUCCCAGGGCAGCCAUGGAAAAGAGGUCGCCGGAGAAGGCGAGGCUCUAAAAGAUGCGUAUUUAUUACCCCAUAUGCGCUUUAGUUUUAUACAUAGCAGCAAUUGAUCUGUAUACGAAUUGAAGAAUAGUUGUCUUCAACGAUCAUCUCUUUUAUUGGAAUUCCACAGUUCGAUUCCGCUAUCAUUCUUGCUGCAACGAUCUUAGCGAAAUCGUAUAGUUCUUCGUUCGAAUCAUCGAGGGAUAUCAUAUACUCGGACAUAUCAUAUGGCUCCUCCAUGUUCGACGGUUUCUGGGCAGCAAUCGCGACCUCGAACCCUAACCCUAACUUUUAUUCCGGGUCUACCGAACGAUUUGGCGGCUUUGAUUUUGUUGUUCGUCCCUUACUCCCAUCAUUCGCGCUUGAAAUCUGUAUCCAAGUCCUGGAGAAUGCUGUUCUCAUCCAGAACCAUCAUCUCUCUGCGCCGGAAGCUUCUUUCCCCUCCCAGACUCUCCCAUUUUCUGUGUAUAUUCCCAGAAGAUCCUUCCAUUACAUCUCCAUGUCUGUUCGAUCCCCAGAAUCUCUCCUGGUGCUUGCUACCCCCCAUGCCAUGUAACCCUCAUGUCUAUGGUCUCUGCAAUUUCACAUCAAUAGCCGUUGGGCCCCACCUGUACAUCCUCGGCGGGUCUCUUUUCGAUACGCGGACAUUCCCACUCGACGUCCCGUCCCCGUCAUCCUCUGCAUUUCGGUUCAACUUUUCUGCUUCCUCUUGGGAGUCUCUGUCCCCCAUGAUCACACCCAGGGGCAGCUUCGCAUGUGCUGCAAUCCCUAAUUCUGACAAGAUUCUGGUUGCUGGGGGCGGUUCAAGGCACAAAGUGUUUGGGGCUGCUGGAAGUAGCUUGAGCUCUGUGGAGAUGUAUGAUAUCGGAAAGGAUGUGUGGGUCCCUUUGGAUGGGUUGCCAGGGUUCCGUGCAGGAUGCGUGGGAUUCUUUGUGGGCCACGGGGAGGAAGAUCAAGAGUUCUGGGUGAUGGGUGGGUAUGGGAAUUCAAGAACGAUAUCGAAUGUCCUCCCAGUGGAUCAGUACUACAAGGACGCUGUGGCGAUGGAAUUGAAGAAUGGUGGGAAGUGGAAGGAGAUUGGGGAUAUGUGGGAAGAAGGAGAGAGGGGCAGGCUUGGGAAGAUUGUUGUUGUUGAGGGUGACGACUUCGAUGCUCCUGCUGUUUUUAUGCUGGAAGAAAGUAACAUUUUCAGGUACCAGAGGAGCCCGAACCGGUGGUGGAAAGAAACCAGUUUACCCAAGAAAACCGCCGAUGACAAAUCAGUUGGGUUUGUUGGUUUGGACGGCGAGCUAUAUGUGAUGACCGUUCUGAGUGGGACCAGUGCAGCUCAGUCCCAUACUUCAAGGCAGCAUAAGAGCCCAUCAACCAUAUUGACACAAAUUUAUCAUCCAAAGAAGAAGUCUUGGAGAUUAUUCACUUCGAAACCGCCCUUUAACCAUUCGCUGGAUUUCAGCACUGCCAUUCUGUGUUCAAUUCGUCUCUAGACGCUCAAAUCUGGAUUCCGUUACAAUGCUCUGGUACGACUAUGGUGUGUAUAUUUCUUGGACCAUUUUGUUCUCAUUUUCCGCUAUGCAGCGCCUUAUACGGGCUUGUGUAUAUACAAUUAUACAUACUCAAGUGCAUUUAUCUUGGUGACAAUAAUGAAAUUGAAAGAGUUUU